GCAUGCGCAGUAGUUGAGGGGGAUGAUGUGAAUAAAGAGGAGCAGUAAUGGGGGUUUAGGAGCUGCAGGUAAACUGAGUGUGGGACUGCAGGCAGCGGGGUUUCAGGAGCUGCUGUGAAAGGCAAAGCUGCAGCGCGCACACCUGAGCGCGUGAUCAGGUAACGGGGGAAACAGCGGGCGCGCGCUUUGGUUCCGCGCGCGUGUUUCUCUCGCUGUUAAAAGUUUAAAACAGGUGGUGGGCGACUCCACGCCCUGAAGCCCACCUCCCGCAGGCUGCAGGCUGAAUCCCAGCGGCUGAAAACUAUUUAAACUAAACUAAACCCGGAGUUUGAUUUGUGUUCUGCUGUUCUGAGCUGAGCGGAGGGACGGACGGACGGGAGCCGGGAGGAGGACACGCUCUGCCAUGUGACCUAAACUCACUCAGUAGUGAACUGUGCUGUGCUGUGGGGAGACUGUGCCUGAGCUCAGUGCUGCUGCUGAACAGGACCUGCCCAACAUGACCCAGCAGACUCAAGGCACUAUUACCUGGACAGUCUCAAAUCAUUACAGUCUCCAAGGGGAUUCCAGUGAGGACGACGAAUUUAUCCCUGGACAUGGGCUGCGUGGAAGCUGUGAAGACUGCGUGUGCUGCGUGUGCGGCGAGACCUUCACCUUCCUCAACAACCUCAUUGAGCACUUCAGUGUGCACAAGGGAGAGGUGCGCUGCCACUUGUGUCAGGUGACCUUCACUCGAGCGAUCUCCCUGGCCUUGCACCUGGAAAAUGCCCAUCCGAACUACCACCUCUACUGUGAAAGCUGCAAGAUCAUGUUCUGGAGCACGUGGCACAUGAACCAGCACAUGGGGCAGCAUGUUGAAGGUAGGAAAGUCGAGCCAACUAAUGAGGACAUCAAACCUCUUCAGACGGAGGCACAGAAGCCUCUGUGGCUGGAGGUGGAGGUGGAGGAGGUGAUGGUUAAGACCGAGGAGGUGGAAGUAAAGUGUGUGAAGGACGAAGAGGAAGAGGUUCAGUUGGGGAAGCUUCAGUGGGCAACAGAGAGCAUCUCCACGACGUUCUCAAAGGAGGGUCAGCUGUCUGAUCAUAAUUACUGUCGCGUGAAAGACAGUAAUGUAAUCAGUUCAUGCGUUUCACGCAGUUCCAGCAGAGAACAAAAUGAGAGUGAUGCAAACAUCAACAGUGAACCUUUACCCGUGUUUAAUAAUAGACCAAACACUGGAGGAUCAGACUUCAACUCUGUUAAUGUGCUUGAAGAGAAGGUGGAAGUUUUGGUGCUUCGCUCUUUGGCUCAAAGAGAAGAAGCAUCAAAGGCAGACAGGAAUGUAACAUCAUGUGAAGGACGGGCGCAGGAGGAGGAAAUGCCCUCACUGUCUGUCUCAGUUCUACCAAAGUUGGAGCCAGAGCAGCUGGAACUAGAUAUAAAAUUGGAGGACGACAGCGAGAACGACGUAUUGGAGUGUGCGCCCGUUGAGGACGAUUCAGAAAAGGCAGGUGUGGAAAACGUCGACGUCAAGGAGGAAAGUGACUCUUCACAGCGAAGUUCAUUGUACUCGCCUUUGAAAGACAUCAGCUCUGACACGGAUUCAGCCUUUGACAUGUCCACGGACUACGACAGUGACUUCUCAGACGAAGGUUCCUUAAGAUUACUUCGGUCCAGGGCCGUCAAAAAGCGACGAGUUCGUUUUAACACUAAUGAGGAUUCCGUUAGUCCUGAAAACGCCUGUGCUGUAACAGAUCCAAGAACAUCAGACUGCACAGCAUCGAGCUCUAUAAAAAUCACCGCACUUAAUGACAACAUCAUCUUUAGCAACUACACUUGCUUGUCGUGCCUCCAGGUGUUUCCCAACCAGAAAACCUUUAUGAUGCAUUCUUGUGGCAAGUGCAAGGUGCGUCGAACUCUAAGCAGCAGCAUUACAAAGUCAAAGUCCCCAAAGGAGGAUCUUCCCAAAGAUCAUAAUUACAGUAGCCUGAACUGCGUUGUAGAGCCAGCUGUCUCAAAUCAAAGACUUGCACAUCACUCUCUCAGUUCCACCAGGGAACAAAGGGAGAACACUGAACCUGUAAGUGGGUUGGAUAAUGUUGAAUCAAGCACUGAUGACUCAGAGUGUGAGGAGCAAGACAACGUUGAAAUUGUGGUGCUUCGCGCUAUGCCUCAGACGGAAGGAGUCACCAACACAGGCAGGGUCGUACUGCAGGCAGCAUAUGAGAAGGUCAUUAAAACACAGGUUCGUGGAGAUAAACCUUCUAAAACAGAAGAACAAGAAGAAACCACUAAGUCUAACCACACAAUGUCUUCAAUGCCUGAUUCAGUCUCCGUUAAGUUGGAGCCAGAACAGAAGGAAAUUAGUAUCAAAGAGGAGGACAGUGUUGAGGACAGCUUUUGGGAGUGUGCACCCAUUGAAGAAGAUCUAGAAAACAUAAAGAAAGAGGAAAACACUGAAAUCAAAGUGGAAAGUGACAACACAAACCUACACAUUUCUUUACGCUCCCCUGUUGAGGAUUCAAGCACAGAAACUGAUGGAGCCUCUGGCGUUUCCACAGAUGACAGGAGGAGUGAAUCCCUGGAGGGGAGUUCCACGAGAGAACUUCAGCCCAGGAUUGUCGACAUAAGAUCUGGCGUUUCCAUGGAAGACCAGAAGAGUGACUCCCUGCAGGAAAGUUCCAUGAGAGAACUUCAGCCCAGGAUUGUCGACAUAAGAUCUGGCGUUUCCAUGGAAGACAAGAAGAGUGACUCCCUGCAGGAAAGUUCUACGAGAGAAUUUCACCCCAGGAUUGUCGACAUAAGAUCUGGCGUUUCCAUGGAAGACAAGAAGAGUGACUCCCUGGAGGAAAGUUCCACAAGAGAACUUCAGCCCAGGAUUGUCGACAUUAGAUCGAUUUGUACAACUAACACUUACGAUAAGCAAUUUGAACCGGUCAAAGCAGUUACAAAACUCACCAACUUGCCAUCAAGCGGUACACUGGUAAAUUCUGUAAAAGUCAGUGCAGGUUCUCAAUCGGGCACAUUUACAAGUGCAGGUCGGCAAUCUUGCACGUCCACAAGUGCAGGUCCGCAAUCGUGCAAGUCUACAAGUGCAGGUCCUCAAUCGUGCACGUCUACAGUGAAACCAAUCAAUUCUGUAAAUCCCAGUGCAGCAGCACCUAAAUCCAGUUCAUCUAAAGACAUUCACAUUUGUUAUUCCUGUGGUCUUCUCAAAGUUCCCUGCGCCUGUUUGAGCAGGCAGAAGACCUGCUACAUAUGUCGUGAAGUGUGUGAUAGCGAACAGUUGCUGCUGAAACACCAGUCUGAGAAGCACCCCUUAACCAAAUACGUCUGCUCCACAUGCGUCCAGGUGUUUCCCAACCAGAACAGUUUUGCAAUGCACGCUUGCUGCCAGCUCAAGUUGCCUGCGCUCCCAAAUGCGACUCCCGCAAAGACUACUAAAAGCAAUGUUAAAAAUCCACCUACAAUGUAUGUGAAAUUUAUACGACCGCCCGCUGUUCCGGGGUCUUCAAACCAACCCCUCAACAAUGGUGGCAGUCAGACUAGCACCUCUGUUCCCUCCGCUUUUAACUUCAUCGUCUCCAACAACGUCAUCAAGAUCGUUGAUGCGUCUCAGAAUCUGCUGCCCAACAAUCCGUGCCCUACCCAAACAGUGCCUGUGCCAUCAACACCAUCAACACCAAACAACGCUGGCCGCAAUGUGGCGAGUGUAGCCUUAAAUGGAGGGCAGGCCUCAGUGAAUCCUUUGUCUACGGUGACUUGGACAAAAUCAGGGCAGAUGCAGGUGAUCAUCCCAUCUGCCUCGCCAGCCGGCACAAAACCGAAUCAAACUGAGAUUGUUUUCCAAGGUGGCGUCCCAUCCCAAGUUCAGCAGGUUCUUGCUGCUAAUUCUGUUGUCCCUGAGACUCUGGUUUCUGGGAGCUCAGCCCAAGGAUGUAAUCAGUCCAAAGUUGCUCUUCGUAUCCCUUCUUAUCCUUCAAAUUCCAAUAAAGUUAGUGUAUCCUUCUCGCCUACUCCCGUCCAGUUUCCUACACCCACUUUUGUCUCGGCCGGUAGGGUGAGGACACUACCUUCCACAAGCCACAAACUUCCAGGACUUGUUAGACCAUUUGUGGUCCCUUUACCUAAACCUUCUUCUGCUUCUGCUCCUCUACCUCCUCCUGCUCUUGCCCCUCCUCCUGUCAGAAGUUCAGCAUCCCCUCCAACCCAAAAAGCAGCCCUUCUUCAACCCAGCAUUAUUAACCAUCUAGAUCCUUGCACCCCAUCCAUUUCCCCAGACCAGUCUUCCCCACUUUCCCAGGACUCUCUGAGCAUAGUCACCAUGUUUGUGAAUCAAAGCCAGGAUCUCGCUCUUCAUAAGCGGAUGCGUCAGAAUUGGCGCUCCAAGACCAUGUUCCACUGCCGGCACUGCGGCAUCAUCGCCCGGCAGCCCUCGCUGGGCAUCCGGCACAGGUACCAGCACCGCGGGCCACGUUUGCACAAAUGCCAGUGCGGCAGGACUUUCGAGCAGCGGCUGCAUUUACUGCGGCACCAGGUGCAGCACGCCGAGGCCGUGCGCUAUGUGUGCGCCGCUUGCGGACAGACGUUCCACGGAACCCAUCAGUUGGCCUGCCACAAGCACAAGGUGCGCCUAAAAUCCGUGCAGUCCAACACGAAAAAGCUCGUGAGGCGGGACUGCAGGAACUUGUUUAGCUGCGACUGCGGGCAGGGCUUCUCAAGGUCGUCUGCUCUACUGUGGCACAUGCUUAAAAACUCGAAAUCAUGCAAACGCUCAAAAAAAGGCUCCCUGGCGUCUGAUUUAGCCAAGAACAGCUAACAUGAAGACAUGAAGAACAUAGUGAAAGAUUAAAAGAUAAAGAGGUUUAUAAUUAUUUUUUUUUUAUCACGUUGGUGGUGGGUCUGAUUUGUGUAGUGUUCCUAACAACAUUUAAAACAUUAAAACUUGUUCUUUUUUUUAUAUAAAUCCUGGUCCUGGCAUCCCCUCUGCUUUGCACAUUUUUGAGGUUUCCCUGCCUUUAAGAGAGCUUGUUAAGUAAGUGAUUGAUUAGUUAAAUCAGAUGUGUUGUAAACAGGUAGACAACUAAUAAUGUGUGCAGGGUUAAGAGGCACAUUGCUGGGUUUAAGAAACACUACCGUAGUAAAGAAAUAAUUCUGAAUAUUCUGGUUAAAGCAGCCACUAAAUUAUAUAAAAAAGUCUUCUUUAA